AUGUCCGCGUCCAGUGUGUCGCGCGGCUCGCCCGCCGCCGCUGCAGACAUCAUAGAUCUGGACCGCUACAUCCGAGCCUCCGUGCGACCUUCACGACAUCGUCCUGCUCACACACGUGAGCGUCUGAUCGUGGAUGCGGGUGGUGUAGAUCGUGUGCCGGUGGAACUGAGCUCCAGCAGCGACAGCGUCCCCGUGCAGCCGCGCCCGUACACCCGGGACCGCAAACAGUACUCGCACGACUCUGGAGUCUCUGAUGGCAGCUAUUUGAGGCAGAGAUACCGGCCACAUAGACGGAUAAGCGUAGAGAAACCUCGCAUUUCGAGUCGGACAGCUGACUCCAACUCAUCAGUACGCGAAUUCAAAGCCGCCUGCGAAAAGGCUUUACGUGAGCAACAAGAACAAAUAGCCCGCGUCGCAGAACUGUGCGAGAAACUAGCGCAACCACAAAUUGCACAGAAUAUUCCUCAAACAGGAAUUCAGAACACUCCAAAUGUAGGACAAAAUAUUGGUUCAAACAUUUCUUCUCAAGUUGCUCAAACUUUAAAUUGUAUGAGCCAAAAUACAAAUCAAUUCGGUCAACAUUUAAAUCCUACUAAGCAAAAUUUUGGCCAAAACGUGUGCCAAGUGAGUCGUGUGAAGCAAAGAAUAACACCCUGCACGAGCGACAUUACAUCAAGCAGUUGUAGUUCAAGGAAUGUCAAAAUACGUGAUAAGCAUAGGUCAGAUUCGUGUAAAACGUACAAGCUAAUAAUGGGUAAGCUGGACGAGCUGAGUCAGUUGUUCGCGACUCGACGUGCGCCGGUCCGAGCGCGUGUUGUACGAGGCUCAUCUGGGUCCAUUUCAGUUUGUGAUAAGCUUGUGGCUACUGAUGAUGGAAGUAACUUUAACACAAUUAUUCAUGCAAACCGUAAUGGUCCCGGCCAGACAUCAGAUAACUCUCCUAACAGGCGUCAGCUCCGAGUGAUACAAGCCCACCGCGUGGACAUCACUCCAGCGGAUCAACGGAGAAAACAACUUGAUAAUAUUGAAGCGCACUGCAGUGGUCCUUCUGUUACUGGAUCAGCAAGCGACGUCUUCGACUUGGACAAUCCCCUGCACCUGUAUGCGCAAGCUAAGCGUUUACAAGCAUUACACGCAAGCAGUCAACGCAGCUCGAAUCGCUCUCCGUACAAACAUGGUGUUUACCAAGAAAAAUCUGAUGAUAAGUCGGAAGACGGAAUCAAAGAGAAAUGUGACGACAGGAAUAAAUCUGUGUGCGCGUUAUGUCGUAGUUAUUGGAAAAUUCUUAGACAAUAUUUCAGACAAUAAUCAUAUAAAAAUUAUUAUUUAUUAUUAUAUUAAUGUUUCAUAAAUUG